UGCGGAGGUGGAGCUGCCGGAGGCUCACUUUGCUGCCGCGCACCGGACUUGUUCUACUGAGAGUCUGAAGGAGAAGAGAAGAAGCAGCUGCCGGAGCUACCUGCUCAUAUCUGCUGCGUGAGACUCACAGACAAACUGCAGGCUCCAGAUUUACUGCUGCCUGUGUGGAAUAAUGUGUAGCACCUGUAUGAAUCACGGCUCGCGCUCUUUCACGUAAAGAGGAAACAUCUGAAUGCGCACGAAACUGCUGGGAUGCGUCUUGAGAAGUGAGUGACACAUCUGUUUGGAUGGACGAGCUCUGCGUCUGAAAGCGAAAAGAAGUUUUCCGUUAAAGUUUUCCAAGAAGGAGAAGAAGAAGGAGAAGGAGGAGAAGCAGAAGAAGGGGCGCUGAGGGAUAUGGAUGGUGUUGUGUCGGGGCAGCCUGCAGCUGGGAUGCACUGCGCAUCUGAGCCGCGACGUUUCAGGCCAUGAAACGGGAGCAAAAGUGCACCUGACAACGACUGUAAAGUACCUGAACCCGAAUCCACAAGAUCCACCAUGUCCUCCCCACUGACGAGGAAGUUGACUCUCUGCCAGGUCCUGACCUUUGUCCUGCUGCUCGUCGCUCCCGCCUGCCGCUCGUCCCCGCAGAGUUCCUGGAUUUCUGCCUGGGGUCCAUCCGGUGAGUCCUCAUCGGGGCGCCCGGCGCGUGCCCGGCGGCAGCUGCACUUCAGGAACGAAUGGGCGUCGUGGAGCGGCUGGUCUGUCUGCUCGCGCAGCUGUGGGGGCGGAGCCUCAGUGAGGACACGCACCUGCAUCACCAGGAACCCAGUGGGUGGACUGUGUGCAGGAGAUCCCAGACAGUACAAGAUCUGCAACACCAAGGAGUGCCCACCCAGCGCGGAGGAUUUCAGAGAGAUGCAGUGUGCUGCCUUCAAUGACAGACCGUUAAUGGCUGGAAACUCCUUCAGAUGGACCACCUUUCAUGGAGGCUCUAACCCCUGUGAACUGAGCUGCCUGGCCCUGGGUCACAACUUCUACUACAACUUUGGCCGUGUGCUCGAUGGCACAGCCUGCGACAAGGAGCCAGGAGGAGUGUGUGUCAACGGACGCUGCCUGAAACCCGGCUGUGACUCCAUCUUGGGUUCAGAGCAGCAGGAAGACGCCUGCAUGGUGUGUGGAGGACAAAACACCACCUGUCUGCACCACAAGAGUGUGUACCAGAGCAACAGUCUGGAGGCAGGUGGGCCUUUUGGAUACAACGAAGUGACCAUGAUACCAGCUGGAGCCACUCACAUCCGAGUCACCGAUAACAGCAGGAACUAUCUCGCCCUGCAGAACGGUCGCUCCCAGUUUGUGAUCAACGGUAACUGGAAGAUCAGCAUUCCAGGAGAGUACAACAUAGCCGGGACUAAGCUGCUGUACCGGCGCUCAGCAGACACCUGGGAGAGCUUUGAGGUCCCAGGACCGACCAGGGAAGACCUCCAUCUGAUGGUGCUGGCGACAGACCGAAACCCGGACAUCGAGUAUGAAUACUGGUUACCACCAGACCAGUACGCCCUCUACCAUGGGGGGAAGAGUCCACUGCGUCAGGCUCACCACACUGCCAACUACCUCCCCUGGGAUCAACCCGCCACCACUGCAGCCCCCACCACCACCACCACCACCACCCGGGCUCCCCCCGUCACCUCCCGACCCCACUGGUUUUUAAGGCCCGUGAAGCCGCCUCGUCAGUCUUCACACCACAGCCGUCAGCAGCCCAUCCUGCCCCGCCUGGAGCGGGAGGAGAACCACAGGAACCUCCUGCCUCAGCCCUCACCUGGAAGGCAUUGUGGGAAAUGUCAGCGGGUUAAAGGUCGAAGGGAACGUAAGAGACAGUAUUGCCAGAAAGACUUUGUUUUCCGGGGCAGAGUCCUUGGGAAGCAUUACAGAGGCGAGGAGACGCGAUAUGACGUCCAGAUCAUCCACACCUACCGGAACAGCUUCCGUCUGGAGCACCGGGAGUUCCUGUGGGCCCCCAAUGUGUGUGACUGCCCCCACCUGGAGGAGGGGAAACAGUACAUACUGAUGGUGCGUCGCCACAUCAACUAUGAGCAUACGCUGAACCGCAUCCUGCUGGAGGAGGACAGCUACGUGGUGCCGUACAGGCCCAGAGAGGACGAACUGCUGCGGCCGCUCGAAAGACUCUGCAGCAACAGAGGAGCCAAACAGCCAGCAGAACCGAGGGGAUGAAGGUGGAGACAAACUGUGAGAGAACGAAGCUCAGGCUGAAGCUUUGUUCACUUCUGAUGGUUCAUCUCUGGACCUUCUAAACUUCAUCUGACUUCAUGUGAUGGUCUGAAGUCCAGAGCUGGCGUCACUGGACAGCUGGAUCGUCAUCCGCCACGUUAAGACACCAGAAAGACUCCAUGUUUAUUUAAAAGCCCGAGCAGCUUACCGGACUGUAGAGAGCACUUUAGGUGGAUGCUUGUGCCCACCUUUAAACACGUACCAAAGAGAAGAACAUUGACUGAAAUUGACUUUUUGUUAUUGCCGUUUUACCACAACUAUCGUUUAAUUUUAUAUAUUAAUGUAUUUUUAUGUGCGUAAACUUAAAGGAAAAAUCCACCUCAAAACAGUCACCAAAAUCUUAUCAGGCAUCACUUUGGCCUCCUCUCCUGCUCCAGGAGGCAUCGUGCCAAAUCAAGUUGCAACUCAUCCAGCACUUCAGUAGGUUUGGUAUAGCAGCACGUGUCUCCCAGUGAGUGUUGGGUUAAAGAGUCAGAGCUGCCACAGCAUAAACCUGAAGUGUCGCUUUAUCAGGACCUCCAGAAGCACCAGGACGGCUGCAGAAAACAGGCCAGCAUGUGGUGCAGAUUGUUUAAAGUUUGUUUAAAUUUAUCAUUAUCAAAUAAAUAUUGAGUGCACAGCGUAAUAACCAGAGAAAGAUGAGACCGCUCACACUUAUAUUGGUUUUCUGAAAGCCUCCCUUUGAUUCCACUAUGCUGCCUGCCACCCCCACAGCCACAGCAGGUGCAGGACUUGUCUUCCCCGGUCGCCGUCCCCAGGUGACGGCCGGCCAUGCAGAGAACCUGUCGCAGAGCAGGAACCCCGUCUGACGGAGGAGGCAGCGAGGCAGGGCGUAGACAACAGAGCAGGAGCUGCAGGGAAGCCAGAAACAAGCGAUCCGGUUGCCUUGGCGACAGGCGUGUUGAAACGCCGUCUGUUUCCACUUUAACCGUGUUGACUCCGUCGCUUGUCUUUAUCUUCCUUUCAAACGGCACGGAGCUGCAGCCAAAGGUCACCGUGCAGGUUGCAACAUACCGUCAGGAUCCAGAGGUGGAUUUUUCUCUCAGUUUUAGUAACAACAUAUGGCUUCACAGUGUAUUAAUGUAUACGAAGAUAAGCUUACACCACAACACAUUAUUUGUGUGUCACUCGUUUAGUUCGUGUUGCUCCUUUGAGGUUUUAUUGUGUGUUGAAUCAGGUCUGCUUUGUGAUACUUUACGUGAAAGAGAUUAUGAAAUAUACAGUAUUUUAUUGUGUGGCACUGAUCAGCUACAAGUAUACUAAAGUACAAUUUGACUAUAAUUGUUUUGAAAAAUGUUUGCAGUCCGCUCACAGUCGGUCAGUUAACUUCUGUGCCCUGUGUGAAGCAUUUAAAAUGAUAACAAACCUCUUGACUACAAGUGCCAAAAGAAUCUCUGUGUACACGAUGAAAAUGAUCCACUUUUCUUAAUGUAAAGUCACUGCGGAUGUUCACAAGCGUUUGAUUUGAAAUUAAAGCGAUUCCACAUUU